GUGGUAGAGAUGAACAAUAAUGGCCACCGAGUCGUAAAGAGUGUGGUGUAUGUUCCUGCUAAAAGCGAUAAAAUGCCCUGCACUUGAUCCACUUCUUGUACAUUAUUUGAUGUGCUUACCAACGUAAACAAAUCAACAACACGAGAAUGUCGUCUAGUUUAAAUUCACGAAUAUAUCGCGUUGGGGAUUAUGUUUAUGUUGAAACUGCCCCAGUUUAUCCCUACCAAAUUAGAAGGAUCGAGGAGUUGACAAAAUUGGGAAAUGGUCAAAUAGAGGCAAAAGUUCAAUGUUUUUAUCGAAGAAGAGAUUUAUCUACACCUUUAAUAGCCCAAGCUGACCGACAUGCUGCUGCAGCAGAGGAGGAUGCAGAAAUUGAUAUGGGGGAGGGGGAACUAGAUGAUACAAAAAUACAUCAACUGUCUCAUCGAGAGUUGUUCCUUUCAAGGCAAUACGAGACAAUUAAUGCCAGUCAAAUAAGAGGGAAAUGUCUAGUUACUCUUUACUGUGAGACAGAAAUCCUUCCCCAGUAUACUCAAAAAGAGGAUUGGUUUUAUUAUUGCUUGGUGUACGAUCCACAACAGAAGGCAUUGCUUGCUGAUAAGGGUGAAGUUGGAAUUGGAUCAAAUUAUCAACCAAUCAUAUUACCAAAGCUUAUUGACACCACGACUGAUACAAGAGAUUUGUCUUUGGAAACACUUGUUUGGUCUGCAGAACAUGAGCUUUCAGACCGUGAAGUUGAUCAAUUUCUUGUUGUUUCAAGGUCUGUUGGUACAUUUGCUCGGGCACUAGACUGUAGUAGUUCAGUAAAACAACCUAGUUUGCAUAUGAGUGCUGCAGCUGCAUCAAGGGAUAUUACACAGUUUCAUGCACUUAACGUUUUACACAAGAGCAAGUAUGAUUUGAGUCUAGCAGUUGGCUGUUUAGUACCAUCUGGUGGACCUAUUUUAUGUCGAGAUGAAAUGGAGGAAUGGUCUGCAGGUGAAGCCGGGCUCUUUGAGGAAGCCAUCAAUAAAUAUGGAAAAGAUUUUAGGGACAUUCAAAAAGAUUUUCUACCAUGGAAGAGCAUUGCAAGCAUCAUUGAAUAUUAUUAUAUGUGGAAAACUACGGAUAGAUAUGUUAGACAGAAAAGAAUGAAAUGUCUUGAUAAAGAAUCUGACUUGAAACAAAUUCUUGUGUCAAUCCCCCUGGGACGACUUGUGUCACAGGUUCAGGAGAUAAAGAAUCUGUCAAUUCAAUACCUUACCCACCCUGGUGUGAUUACUAAACCACCCAGUCCUGGCUACUGUUGUGAGAGCUGUUAUGCAAAUUCGUCAACUCACUGGUUUCCAUGGUCACCUCCCAACACACAAUAUCGGCAUUAUGUUUGCUCUGUUUGUUGGGUAUAUUGGAAGAAAUAUGGUGGACUAAAGAAGCCUGAUGGAUUUUCAAGUCGAAAAGUCGGCGAGGAUGUUCGUUAUACUUGUCGUCUUUGUGGAAGGUCAUUUAACCGAGCAGCGCUUCUUUCCAAUCACAUGUUGACCCAUAAACCGUACAAAUGUGUUGUUAAUGGAUGCGAUAAGACAUUCAAUACGGAGGCCAACCUGACGCGUCAUCUCUCAGCCUGUCACUCUUUGCGACCUCGCAGCCCGCAGAAUGCAAAACCUAAAACAGCUUUCUAUAUGAGGGCUUUACCACUCACAAGGAUCUCGCGGUAUUUGUGCAAGGAUUUUCUUAAGUUUCCUCACUUGGCGCGAGUAUUUAAGGCACCCAUUGAAAUUAAUGACGUCAGACAAGCAUGUAUGAAACGUAUUUCUUGCGAAGUAGUCGAAAAAAUUAUGAAUGAAAGAAAAAUCAAAAAACGGAAAUCUCUACAGAACAUAGUGGAAGUGUUAAAAGCAAGUCCGCCCAAACAACAAUCGAAUAAUGAUCUUACAAUAACGUCAACCCACGUGACUAAGACUAGAUCCAAGUCCACGUCUACAGUCUAUCCUACACCAAUUACGUCACCAACGCGUAAGAUGAUACAUUCUCCUCGAUUGUACUUAUCACAAGGGAAUGGAGGUGAAGUUGUCGAACCACGUCCUGCCCAUUCUUCUAGACAUAUGUUAUCACGUAAGAGAUCUCUGGAGAGUAGCAACACACAUCAAAAUGGUUUGGAUGGUCCAUCAGCCAAACGAUUUGUCAGUAAUUCACCACUUGGUAAGAAAGGCUGCGAAUGUAAACAUUGCGGAAAAGUUCUUCACAAUCAAGCGAGUCUUUCUCAUCAUCUUCAAACUGUUCAUCACGUCUCCCACCAAUCAGGGCCUGUCACUGGUCCACCAAAACAGAAAUCGUAUCCCGCUUACUGCGACGUCAACCCGGGUAUGGGUCCUGGAAUCACUAAGAUGGCUCCUUAUGCUGAGCACACGGUGACGUCCUAUAAUUCUGCAGGUUUGAAAGUUAAUCCCCAGGCUUCCAGCUCUCUUCCUGUUAACAUGUCUCAUAACAAAUCACCGUCUAAGCAGGGUGGUGGCAGUUCUGCCAUGGGGGUUAACGUAAACCAAAAAUUAACAUCUAACGCAAUAAAUAAUCAUUCGGUGAUAAAUGGACAAAAUAAAUCACGUGGUAGACUAUCUCCAACAAGACAACCUCAGUUUAUUGAUCCACCUGAAGAAUUUGUUUUUAGUGCAACCAAGGCAAUGAGGUCAGCUCGAAAGAACAUCGAGGACACUGUUAGACGUCGUUUGCCGAGAAAGCCUUGGGUAGAGGUUAAAUGCUCUCUUGAGGUCAAGGAGAUCAUGUAUACGACAAGAAGGCAACACAAAAUGAAAGAUAAAACUCCGACAAAAUCUGAUCACUUCGUGAGUGAUGAAAAGAAGGCCAUAGAAGUAAAAAUCGAAGCAACAGACAGCGGAAAAGAUAGGAAACCCAUUGGCGGUGUAUUGCCUGCAAUGAAGACUGGUGCUAGUCCUAAGGAACAGACAGGGAUUCAGGGUGAUACAGGGAAACUUAGCGGUAUUGCUUCAUCACGUGUCGUUGAACCUAUUGUGAUCGACGAUUGAACUGGGCAUACGUAAACUGAUAUUAUUUAUGAACCAAAGAUUUAUUAAAGUAAUGUGAAGUUGUCUGUGAGAUAUGGAAACACGUUGAAAAGAUAACGAAAUAUAGACGCUCUUGAGAAUCGCUCGUGAUCAUUACAUAGAACAUUUUAAGAUUUUUAAACCUCGACAAAAUUCAGAAAGUCUACGGUGUUAGUUGAACAGGACGCGGACAUCUCAUGAUGAAGAAAAAAUAUAUGUGACAUUGACAUGUGAGCAAUGUCCUAUCGUUUGUAUCUUUGCCAUCCAAAACAUUGCAUCUUGUGUUGUACAUUUCAGUAUCAAAGGACAUCGUGUGUAUUAUAUAAAUGAACAAUCUUAGUGAUUUCCCAAACAAUGUCUGUGCUUAAUCGUGGAUAUGAUGUAAACUCAAAAGUUUUCUCUUUAAGUUUCCAUUGUUUCUAUAGCCGUGCAUAGAUAAGCAAGUUCUCCUAGAUGAAGUACGUAAUUUGUAGGAUUUCUUGUGUCCAUUAUGGACAACGAAAACUGUGUAGCCACAGUGUGCAGACUUUUUAACCAUGAAAACAUGCUAUGUAAAUUUCGGUACAUAUUCUUCAUCAUUUACAUCUCAACCAUCACAGAUUCUCACCAUUUCGGCUCAAUCUUCUGAUGUUGCUUGCCCAUAUCCCUGUUUUCAUUGCAGUAUUGUAUAGAUGUUUAUUACUGUAGUGAUAAGAUUUAUUCAAAUAUAACUUGUACAAAGAUCGUAAA